GCCGCCGCCGCCGCCGCCCAUGCCGCCGCAUUUCAGCAGCGGCGACGGGACUCUUCGCAUGGAAACAUCGGCGGAGGGACACGUUGGCCGUGCGGCUCGUUUGAGGUGUUUUAAGUCGCUUGAAAUGGAAGAGAUGAAUGCUGAUGAUGCAUUCUUCACAUCUGUUCACCCGUGGAGUAAAAUCCCCAACGCCACCCGUCUGAACCUCCCGGACUCUGACGCUUCUUCAUGGAUCUUCCCUCCACCCCUCGCGGCUCCAAACUGCUCCCGUCCCCCCUGUGAGAGAAUGUACCCCAGCGAACCCGACCCCUCCCCGGGCCCCCAGCACCUGGAGGCCCAGCUGGACUUGUUCCACAAGCUCGGGUACUCCACAGCUCAGGUUCUGGCCGUUCAGCAGAUGUUCGGCCCCAACACGGACACAGACAAACUCCUCGGGGAGCUGGUUAGGAUCGGGGCCAGCCGGGAGGCCGGCUUGGGGGCCGAGCCGGGGCCCGUGACCACGAUGUCGGUGCUGGUGCCCACAGGGGACCUCCAGACCGUGGGCCCCACGAUGCAGCUGGCCCUUACCGUGUCAUCUCCUCUGGGCAGAGAGGAGGGCAGCGUGGAGGAGGACGCUCUGAGACCCGUUGUUAUAGAUGGAAGCAACGUGGCCAUGAGCCACGGGAACAAGGAUGUUUUCUCUUGUCUGGGAAUCCAGCUGGCAGUGAACUUCUUCGUGGACAGAGGCCACACCGAAAUCACCGUGUUCGUUCCCUCGUGGAGGAAGGAGCAGCCCCGGCCAGAUGUUCCCAUAACAGAUCAGCACAUUCUGCGAGACCUGGAGCGGAGGAAGAUACUUGUGUUCACACCGUCGAGACGCGUCGCGGGAAAACGGGUCGUCUGUAACGACGACUGCUUCAUCGUCAAGCUGGGCUACGAGUCUGACGGCAUCAUCGUGUCCAACGACAUGUACCGGGACCUGCAGGGAGAGAAGCCAGAGUGGAAACGCUUCAUCGAGGAGCGGCUGCUCAUGUACUCUUUUGUCAACAACAAGUUUAUGCCUCCUGAUGACCCUCUGGGCCGCCACGGGCCCACCCUGGAGAACUUCCUGCGAAGGUUUCCUAAGACUGCGAAGAAACAGCCAUGUCCUUAUGGAAAGAAAUGCACUUACGGAAUCAAAUGUAAAUUCCACCAUCCUGAGCGAGCCAAACAGUCCAACCGCCUGGUUGCCGAUGAGCUUCGGGAGAACGCCAAGCACCCGUCACAAUCCUCAGCUCGCUCCAGUCCCGUGCCUGGACAGAGCCUCGCGCUGCUGGAGGACAUGGCAAAGAAACUGACUCUGGGACAUGAGAGCGGCUCCUUAAAGAAAGACCAUAAACACGAACAGUUGAAGGCCAGUCACCAAUUCAGCAAGAGAGCCACAUCCAGAAAGGAGAAGACCGGCCAAAACCCGUCUUCUGACCAUGGCUCGGGGCGGCAGAGUGGCUCUCAGGAGCAGCUGGACUCUGGUUUAGGCUCAAUAGACAGUCAGCCAACAGAGGCUCCUUGGAGUGUGUGUGACCACCAGUAUGGGCCGAUGUACAGGAGCUCCCAGCACAGUGUGAGACAACAGUACUGCCCUCCGUGCAGCUGCUGCUCGCAUGGCCCUUCCUCUCGGGGGACCGCGCCAGCUUUCCAGCACCCCAACCAGCAUUACAGCCUCGGGCUUGUCAACAGCCAGAGCGCUGAUAUGAUUCCCUACCCGCCUCACUAUGCCAGCUACGGUGCACACUCAGUCGGCAUGUCUGCAUACAGUCAGCCGACAGACUUCCAGCGCAGCAGAGUCCACGGCCACCACCACCAGCAGCGGCAGUACUGGUCCGAUCCGUCCGGGGAUCAUCCCCUGGGGGUCCGCAGCCUGCCGGGGGAGCGAUCUCACUGGGAGCCUGCACGGGGGACGAGUCCCCACGGCGAGGAGAGGGAGGUCGUCCGGAAGAAGCUCCUCGCUAUCUUCAGCGUCCAAUUGGUGGACGUGGCCAUGGACUCGUUUCCUCAGCUGAUGGAUCCCCAGAUGCUGGUUGCUGAGAUCCUCAAGCUGCAGAGUCAGAACAGGUCGCAGAGAUGAGACGACGUCCAGCGGGCGGUCUGAACCCACGUCUUUCAAUGGAAAGACACAAAAGAUAAACAUGAGUUUGUGUGUAUUUUAUGUAUUGUGGUAUCCACCUUGCUCUAUUUGAGCGCCUUAUUUUAAACUGUUACAUUGCAAGUUGCCUCAAUGAACUGCAUAAAAUGAGAGGAUGUAUAUAGUUGAUACAAAUUGUAUCUUUUAUUUAAAAAAUGUAAAAGGGAAUAAAAGGGUACCAAUCUUACGGUAGACUCAGAAUCCACGUUAAUGGGUCCACCUGUUCAGUCUAAUUCCACUUUAACUGUUCUGCCAUCAAAUCAGCUUUUGGUAUGCCUAUAAUGUCUCUUUGUGUCAUAUUGGCACUGUGUACGUUUUAGCUUUUACUACAAACUGGUGUAGAGGGUUAUGAUGAAAAGUUCUUGUUUAUUAGGGGCAAUACUUUUCAUUUAAAAAAAAAUAUAUUAAUCUCAAAGAAAAUUGAGAUUUAAAACGGAAAACUGUUUUUAUAAUGCUUUUAUAGCCAGUUGUGUUUGUGUAUGUUCACGUCACUUUGUCCUAUUUGCACCACUAGAGCAGUUAUUUGCCUGUGGCUUUAAAGUCCCACCCAAAAUCUACUCUGAUAAAUAAAUAAAUGUAUUCAUGCCUGAAGAGUAUCAUGUGCCUAGAGCUGCGACUAACAAUUAUUUCCUGAUAAAUCAAUUGAGUGCUUGCUCCACAAAUGUCAGACAAUGGGGACAAAUGACAUUUCAAGCCCACAGGGACAUCUUCAAAUUGCUGGUUCAACCAAGAGUCCAGGAAUUCAAAGAUAUAUUACAUUUACAAAUAUAAUAUAACAACCUAGAAAAGCAACAUAUAUUUUGCUUCAUUACUCUGCUACUGUCAUUAUAGUAGACGAUGACCAAAUACUGCUCUCUUGAGUAUUUGAAGGGACUGUCUGAUGGAGAAUGUAAAUAUUUUGCUAAUGAAAUUGUGUUUGCACAGGUUUAUCAGUCAUUUCAUAUACUCUUUAAAGAGAUGUAUACAUUUAUUAUUUACAGUGGCGGAGGGAGCAUUCAGAUCCAUAUGUAAAAGUAGCAAUACUGUAACGCCACUUCGAGUACUUUUACUGCUAUAACAUUGUCGGAUCACAAUGGUCCAAGAAAAAAAAAAAGAAGGAAGGAAACGCGAAUAAGCAGAACUCGAGAUAUCGUUUUCUCUUCUUUUUUUUCAUGUAUUUUUCUUUCGCAUUCAUUUUUGGAGUAUAAAUGAGGCUAUAUUCAAUAUAAAUAAAUCCAUUCUCAUCCUA